GGUAAAUAAUGCCAUCACAAAAAUAUACCGAAGAAAGACAGGAUCACAUCUUUGACAAUGCAAAUCUUAGCGAGAGUACAGAUAAAAUAAAGAAUCUUGGUGUUGUAACCAGGGGUGGCAUAUCUUUACAACAAAGACGACUCACAAAGAGCAUCCAUAGGUCUUCUCAACCUCUAAUAGACGUUGAUAGAAAGACCAGAAAUUUUGCCAAAGAGAGAAAAAUUGAGGAAGAAAAGAGACCGAAGCUAAAACAGAGGCAAAGAACAGAGUCAAGACUAAGCAGAGCUAGGGUUAGUAGCGAGAGGGUACGUACUCCUAAAGAAGAUAAGGUUGAUGCUCUUAGUUACCUAACAUUAAUACAAAAUGUUCAGAGAAAGAGGAAAUUUGCAGAAAUUUCAAAUCAGCUCAAGCAAAAAGCUGAACAGGAAACUCCUUGUGAGUCUUUAUCCCGUAGUGACAGGAAUCUAACUAAGUCCAAGCUAUUCGGGAGCAUUUUUGAGAAAAAGCCGAUCAUGGGACCAAGCCGUGAUCGACUUGACACCGAAACUGAAAGUUUGUCAACCGUCACCAACUUCGAAUAUGACCUCUCAAUAAAGUCUAACUUCUCCUCAAAAAGGAUGAAAACCUGGGAUGACGAGAAGGACUCAGAGCUAUGCGCUGUCAUUGACCUUGACAAAGCCAGAAAGUUAAAGUUUGAGGGUAUGAGCGGAUGUAAACUCCAGAAAUAAACCCAAAUCCCACCAAUUUUUGAAGCUAAUUUCCUAACUUAUCCUACUUUUCUCU